UUAAAAAUACCCGCGACUUGCAGCAACCCCGUGACCAUGGCUCAUCUCUAACCACAGGUCAGAAUCAAAUGGAAGACGAGUUUUUGAUCAACUGCGGAACGUUUACUGCGUUUCAUAAUCAAUAAUUCUCGGCUGGCAGCAGAACAUCAUACACACAAAACAGCUGGAAAACCAAACAACAACAGAGAAACUGAAACACAAAUCUAAUGUCAAAUACGGUAUAAAACUACACUUGAAAAAUUCCAACUAGCGGAGUAGGAAGUGGCAGUGAGAUACAGUGGCUGCGAAAAACAGUGUGCCCAUUACCGAUCUCUGUUUCGUGGUCAUUAAUUAGCGAUAGAAAGUUCUUCGAUUCGCGGGGUCAACGAGAUGGAGGAGACCGCCACCUCCCCCGCUGCCGCCACAGCUGCGGGCUGCGAUGCUGCCGCCCGUCAGAAGGCCCCGGAAACCGUCUCUUCCAGCGGUACCAGCGUAACGCUGCUCAUUAAGUCAUCCAAUCAACAGUAUGAGGAUCUCAAUGUGGACUCCGAUCUCUGUUGGACAGUCCAGCGGCUGAAGAUGCAGCUAUCCUUGGUCUAUCCUGGCAAACCGAAAAUCCAAGAUCAGAAACUGAUUUACUCGGGCAAACUAUUAGACGACUCCCAAAAGUUAUCGGAAGUGAUUCGCAGCUACAAGGAUGUCUACCAGCAGCACCAUAUUUUCCAUUUGGUGUGCGUCACGAAACAAGUUAUAACGCCGCCAGCCAAGACAAUCACUGGGCCGCCGAAGGAUGCUGUACCAGCGCUGCAGGAGGUCAACGGCAAUGCAAAUGAACUGCGACAACGUCAUCCCACACAACAGCAACAGACGCAACAGUCAACCACUGCAUCACCUGUGGCGGGGGACAUCGGUUUGGCUAAUCCUUGGGCUCACUUCUGGCAACAGAAUCAAGCAGCGACGGCAGUAGCCAACAAUGCCAGUGCAAAUCCCCAACUGAUAUUUCAGCAGCAGGCGUUGAUGUACAACGCCUGGAUGCAGCAGGUCUACGCGCAGUAUAUGCAGCAAUUGGCUUUACGAUCUAGCAUACCUGGUUCAACCGAAUCUGUUCUGCCGCCGCUGUCACAACCCUUGAUGCCCCAAAUUCCGCUGUUUGCUCCAAGAAAUUUUGCGGAAGCACAGCCAGCGGCAGGAACAGCUGCAGCACCUGCGGCACCGGCGCCACCUGCCCCUCAGAUAAAUGCAGCAGCACCCCAGAACAGAAAUUUCCCCAAUAUCCAGGAGGAACCGGAAAUGCGCGACUGGCUGGAUAGCUUCUUUAGCUUUACGCGGUUGGCCAUUUUUGUGACUGUCUUGUACUUUAACUCCUCGCCAUUGCGUUGCUUGCUGGUGGUCCUCAUCGCCGGAGCUAUUUAUCUGUAUCACAUUGGAGUACUACGUCGUCGCCGGGAACGCAAUAACAACAACAUCAAUCGUAACAAUAAUGCUGGCGAUGCUGCUGCCUUUGCUGCUGUGCAGCAAAUUCAACGAAUGAUGGAUGCGGCGGUGGUACGUGAGAACAACGAUCCCCAGGCGGCCAAUGAGCCUGGUGCAGUGCCAGCAGCUAGACCUGCUGCCGGACAGGAUGGAAUCGAUGCACCUGGUGCCGCUGCUCCUGCUGUUGCUCAAGCUACCGUUGCUAAUCCGGAUCCGGCUGGCGUUUCCGCUGAAACCGUUGCCGUUGAACCACCAAAUGCCAAUAACUCUGUGAUUUCCGUUGUGCGCACCUUUGUCAUUACCUUCUUUACUUCGCUGCUGCCAGAGGCGCCGGCGCUGUAGACGAUCGAUCUGUCGGAUCCAGUGGAGCCCAAUGGGUCAUCCGCUAAACCAGCUUUACAGCUUUAUGGCUUUCCACUUUCAAUCCUCCCGUAAUCAAAAUGUUAUUUCGUUUUCCGUUUCAUUUUGCAUACCUGAAAAUGUAGCAAAAUACACAAUUUGUUUUACUAGCUCUAAUAAUCAUGUAUAUUUAUUUUCUGUGUGUCAGCCGAGUCGCAUUUCGUGGCCGCUGGACCAAUAGCUUGUAGAAUUUUAGAUAACUAAGAAAGUCAACUGUUUUUGAUGUGAAUAUUAGAAUGAUUGUAGUCUGCACUGAAAUCGGUGACAGAGACGAACCUAUGAAACCAAGAUGCAAUUAAAAAUAAAACUUAUGCUUUAACACCAAAAAAAUUAAUUGUAAAAUGGUGUUUACAAAGUGCAAUUCUUGUUAGAAAAAAUAGAAAAAAUCUUUGAAUGUUCUAAAAAAUCCUUAAAGAAGAUAAAUCAAGAAAAACACUAGAGUAAGAAAGUAUAAAUGUAUGAUUCUGAUAUCGUUUUAAUCAAAUUUGGACAUAUAAAAUGCAUAACUUCAUAAAUAUGAA